AAAAAUAAUAAAAAUAAAACAAACAAAUUAAAACGGAAAAUACACCCUCACUCACCCAACAGACCCAAAAGUUCUAAAUUCUUGGAAAACACAAUAAAACCCCACCUUCAAACUCACACUUUUAUUCACCUUUUUCCUAAAUUUUACUCAUUUUACUCUUUCAUGCAAAUCUGGUAUGUCCUUUUUUUUUUUUUUGCAUUUCAGCUGAAUUUCACAAGAAAUGUGUCUAUUUCAUAUUUUUUUGUUUUUGUUUUCAGUUUUGUAAUGUUAUAUGUUUGAACAAAGAUGGUUUCUUAGAUAGGGCUGUUGUUGUUUUGUGCUAGAAUUGUGUGUAUUCUUGAUUUUUGAUUAUUGGGGGUUUUGCUUCUUUACCCCAAUAGGCUUAGGCACCAAACUGUCCUUUUAACACUGUUUAAAUGGUUUCUUUAAAAGGACUGUUCUUGUUUUCUGCUAGCAUUGUGUGUUUCCUCAGUUGUAUCUUUGAAUAAAGAUGGUUUCUUUGUUCUUGUUUUUUUGCUAGCAUUGUGUGUUUUCUCAGUUUUUCGUCAUUGGGUUUUGCUUCUUUACCUUUUUUUUUUUUGUACUAUUUGAUCUGAGGGUCUUUUGGAAACAACCUCUAUCUCUACCUCCACGAGGUAGUGGUAAGGUCUGUGUACCAUCUACCUUCUCUAGACCUUACUUGUGGGAUUUCAUUGGGUAUGUUGUUGUUGGGUUUUGCUUCUUUACCUUUUCUUUGUACCUGGAUUUGUUGCAUUUGAGUCGAGGGUCUUUCCGAAACAGACUCUCUUUCUCUACCUCCACGAGGUAGUGGUAAGGUCUGCGUACGGUCUACCCUCUACCCUCUGUAGACCUCACUUGUGGGAUUUCACUGGGUAUGGUGUUGUUGGGUUUUGCUUCUUUUACCCUAAUAGACUGUUUUCUCCAGUUGUAUCUUUAAAUAAAAAUGGUUUCUCUAAAAGGGUUGUUCUUGUUUUCUGCUAGCAUUGUGUGUUUUCUCAGUUUUUUGUCAUUUGGUUUUGCUUCUUUUACCCCAAUAGACUGUUUCUUGAUUAGCUGUGGGAGUAGUAAAUCUAUACAAGUCGAAGAUGGAAGAGUUUUCGAACCUGAUUUUGGUGAUUCUGAUGUGGGAUUGUCGACGAAUUCACUUAUCUCUGUCUCAAAUAAUGAAAAUGGUUUGUUGUCUGAACUUCAUAACUCUGCUAGAGUGUUCACUAAAAGUUCUGUGUACACUAUUAGUACGAAGCAAAUUGGUCGACAUUGGUUAAGGUUGCAUUUUUACGCUGUUAAGAAUAACCAGCACAACCUAAAAUCAGCUGUUUUUUCUGUUCUGGCAAAUGGGAUUACAUUGCUUCGUGAUUUCUCGUUUUCAAGAUUGGGAAAAAAGGAACCUUUGUUGAAGGAAUAUGUAGUCGAAAUAGGUGGAUCGAGUAGUUCGGGUAAUUUAGUACUUACAUUGUCUCCGGCUAGUGGCUCGGUUGCAUUUAUCAAUGGGAUAGAAGUGGUUUCUAUGCCUGAGGGUCAGUUUGAUUUCAGCGUUGUCCCGAUUCCUAUGGGGCCUGGUUUUGUUAUCCCGUCAUCGGUUGCUUUAGAGACGGUAUAUAGAGUGAAUAUGGGAGGUCCAAAGUUGACACCAAGAAAUGAUACUUUGUGGAGGAUGUGGAAUUCAGAUCAUUUGUUUCUUGUUAACCCUGGUAGUGCUCGGAACGUGACCAAGGAUCCAAAAUCAGUCAAGUAUCCUGCGGGAGAGUCGGUUGAUAUUGCACCGAAUUGGGUUUAUGCCACUGCUCAAGAAAUGGCCGAUGCCAGAGUAGUGGAUCAGAAGUUUAACAUUACAUGGGCAUUUCAAGUUGCGCGUGGGUUCACUUACUUCAUAAGGAUGCAUUUCUGUGACAUUGUUAGUGCUUCGCUUAACAAUUUGAUCUUUGAUGUGUACAUCAACAACCAGACC